UUAAAAAAUGCGGAUGUAGGGAGAUGGCCGAAGCACCCGCGACACCUUUUAGCCCUUUGUUCCCACGAUGAAUAAGCAGAAUGUUACGUAAUAAUGGGACUACGAUGGAUCCUUUGUAACCUCAAUGCUGACGUGGUGCCCAAGACUGCUGAGAACUUCCGCGCCCUCUGCACUGGCGAGAAGGGCUUCGGCUACAAGGGCUCCAUCUUCCACCGCAUCAUCCCUGACUUCAUGUGCCAGGGAGGUGACUUCACCAAUCACAAUGGAACUGGUGGAAAGUCCAUCUAUGGCAACAAGUUUGCUGAUGAGAACUUCAACCUGAAGCACACUGGUCCCGGCAUCCUGUCCAUGGCCAACGCUGGACCAAACACCAAUGGGUCCCAGUUCUUCAUCUGCACGGCUAAAACAGCAUGGCUCGAUGGGAAGCACGUGGUCUUCGGGAAGGUGAUCCAGGGGAUGGAUGUGGUGAAGAAGAUGGAAGCCCGAGGCAGCCAGAGCGGCAAAACCUCGUCCACGGUCACCAUCGCUGACUGCGGGCAGCUCUGAGCUCCAGCACUUAACCUCUCUGCUUGCCCUGUAGCCACACCCCCGUAGGCUCCACCCCACCAUUCAACAUUCCUAUUGAUGGAGAAUCAGCUGAUCCCCCCCCCCCCAACCCCUUUUUUAUUCUGUUGUUGAAAUCAUGUUGCUGCAUUUGUGACUUGCCUUUUAAAAGUUUCUUUUGCAUUAACGUUUUUCCACAGUCCCGACGGUUUUUAGUUGAGUCAAAAUGAGUAAGAAAAUAAAACAAGUUGCCUUGA